AUGUCUACAUUUAAUGCUAAAGAAUUUUGUGAAAAUCCUACACUUGAACAAUUAGCCGAACCUAUUAAGAAAGAUGAUUGGCGCUUUAUUGCUCAAUACUUCUCGGUACCUCAUUCGGGUUCAGCAACUAAGAAAGUAAUUAAGGAACUAGUAUUAGAAAAUCUAAUUCAAAGAGAAUUACUUCCCUCUGAAGCCACUGAUUCUUUAAACCCUCAAGAUCCCGAACUGCUUGACGUUAGAGACACUUCCAUGCUGUCUGAUCAGAAAGAGGAGUCUUGGUCCACUGCUCGACUAGAAUUUGAAAAGUAUGCUUUUGAUUUAAAACUUAAGAAUCUACCCCUUGUUCCUUCAUUUCUUGAAAAUGAUCCUGAUGGCUCAUUCCGUAACUUUGAGAAAACUGCUGAACACUUUAAAUUUCCCUAUGCUGAGUGGACUUGGCUUCUCCAACCUAAAUUAAGCGGUAAAGCUGCCAUCACCUUUUCAAAUCUUGAUUGCAUUGAUGAUUAUGAAUCCAUAAAACAGUCUAUUCUUGAUGCUUAUGCAAUCACACCUGACGGCUACAGACAAAAGUUUCGAAGUCUUACUAAGUCUCCUCAUGGUACCUUUGCUGAAUUUUUUACUGAGAAGGCUAGAUUGUUUAACAAAUGGCUAGAUUCAACUUCAACUAAAUCUUUCUCACAAUUAAAAGAACUUCUUAUUUUAGAAGAAGUAAAAAGAAAGUUACCCUUCGAUAUCCUUAAGCAUAUAGAAGAUAGGGGUGAAACCGAUCUCCUUAAAGCAGCACAAAUAGCUGAUUCAUUUGCGCUUUUGAAAAGGUCACAGCUGGGUAAGGUAGACAAGGUUAGAUUUUAUGUACAGUCCUCCUCUGGUGAAAACCUUGGGAAUGGUGGUGGUAAAGCUGGCAAAAUUGCACCAUUAAACUUUUGUUCUUAUUGCAAGCGAGCAGGUCAUACCAUAGACAAGUGCAAAGACCCAAAGUGUAGAAAGUCUGGCAUAAAUGUAAGACCAUUCAUAAGUCCAAGCAUCCAAGCUUUUGAACCAAAACCAGUGGCAAGUGUGACAAAUGUAAACUCUCCAGAUCCAUUCAGUGAUUUUAAAUAUCGGGGAACUGUCUCUCUUGAUUCAAUGAGUAAAUCAUAUCCCAUACUCAUCCUUAGGGACACUGGAGCUGCUCAAAGUAUAAUUCUAAAGUCUGCUUUACCUGGAAUUGAGACAAAAUAUACAGGUGAAAAAGUUCUUGUUAAAGACUUGACUUCCAAAAUUAGUUAUAAACUAGCAAAUAUUUUUCUCACUUCUGAUUUUGUAUCAGGGGAAAUAAAGAUAGCUGUGACAGAAAAUAAUUUUCCAAUAGAGGGAAUAAGUUUAAUUCUUGGACAUGAUCUAGCAGGGAAAUUAGUGUACCCUACAAUUAAUGUUGUUGCUAAGCCUUUAACCUAUAGCCCAACUAAAGAACUGGAUCAGAAACAACCUCAUAUUUUCCCUGUGUCUCAAAACGAUGACCCCUCUCUUGCUAAAUGCAGACAUGUUGCCUCAGACAGUCUUAAAGAUCAAAAGGUCCCUGGUUUUUAUUAUCAUGACGGACUAUUAAUGAGAGUAUUCCGUCCUCCUGAACUCCGUGCUUUAGAUACAUGGUCAGAAGUACAUCAAGUUGUAAUUCCGUUGUCAGUUCGGAAAUCAGUCAUGACACUUGCACAUGAUGGUUUAGCAGGUCACUUAGGUAUUCAAAAAACAUACAAGAAAAUACUUCAAAAUUUCUAUUGGCCAGGUAUGAAGAAAGAUGUUACACUAUUUAUCAGGUCUUGCCAUGUGUGUCAAGUUGGGGGAAAACCCAAUCAAAUAAUUCCAAGAGCUCCUUUACAUCCUAUUCGAGUAGACUCAGAUCCAUUUGAAAGAAUUGUAAUUGACUGUGUAGGACCACUGCCUAAAACAAAGAAAGGGAACCAUUAUCUCUUUACAAUUAUGGAUACUGCUACAAGAUAUCCAGAGGUUUACCCUUUAAAGAAUAUUUCUGCCAAUUCCAUUGUAAAAUGUCUACUUCAUUUUUUCACUUCAUUUGGAAUCCCUAAAGAGAUUCAAUGUGACAAAGGCAGUAAUUUUACAAGUGACUUGUUUCAAAAAGUCUUAGAACUGUUAGGUAUCUCGCAACAAAUGUCAACAGCUUAUCAUCCCCAGUCACAAGGUUGCCUUGAGAGAUUUCACCAGACCUUAAAAUCUAUGCUAAAAAAGUAUUGCUUAGAAACAGGGAAUUCCUGGGAUGAGAACAUUCAUUUUCUUCUGUUUGCCCUGAGGGAAUGUCCACAAGAAUCACUUGGAUAUUCUCCAUUUGAAUUACUAUAUGGAAGACAGAUUAGAGGUCCACUUAAAGUUCUUAAAGAUCGGUGGUUUUCAGACUCUUCAGAUUCCCCUAAUCAAACAGUGGCAUCUUACAUAGAUAAUCUUAGAGCUAAGUUAUCAGAGGCAAGAAAAUUGGCUCUCUCUAAUCUUCAUAACGUUCAAAUCAAAAUGAAGUCUUCUCAUGAUUUAAAAUCACAAACUCGAGUAUUCUCUCCAGGAGACAAGGUUUUACUGUUCCUUCCAAUUCCAGGAAACCCUCUUAAGAGCAAAUUCAUUGGGCCUUAUGUUGUUUCUCAUAAAGUUUCUGAUUACAAUUAUGUAGUUCAAACUCCUGAUAGACGUAAAGAUACCCAGUUGGUACAUAUCAACUUAAUCAAAUCGUAUAUUGACAGGCAGCCAAAGGAGGACUUUGCCAAAGGCAAAUCUAUUGCAUGUAUGAUUCCUCAGGAAUCUCCCAUAACUUCUAUGUCUAACGAGUAUAUUGAGGAGACUGAUUACAUAGAAAUCCCAGGUCCUCAUAAUCCACAUAACUCUGAGAUAAUAGCUAAUCUUCAUAAAUAUUUAAAUUACUUGCCUGCUUCAAAGUUAAAUGAUGUAUAUCUAAUACUGAAAGAUUUUCCUCAGGUAACAGCUGAUAACCCAGGGUUUUGUGGCCAUACUCUACAUGAUGUUGAACUCACUCCCGAGGUAAGACCCAUUAGGCAAAGUUCAUAUAGACUCAGUCCAGAGAAGAAAGCUGUUAUGAAGAAGGAAGUAGAUUAUCUACUUGAUCAUGGUUUAGCUGAACCAAGUAACUCUCCAUGGGCUUCACCCUCACUGCUAGUGCCAAAACCUGACGGUACCAGUAGAUUAUGUACAGACUACCGAAAGUUAAAUAAAGUAACUAUACCUGACUCCUAUCCUCUUCCUUUAAUUGAAGAACUUGUAGACUCGAUAGGACAAGCCAAAUUCAUAACCAAAAUUGAUAUGCAGAAAGGUUACUAUCAAAUAGGAUUAACAGAUAAUGCUAAAAUCAUAUCUGCUUUUAUAACUCCUUUUGGUUUAUAUAAUUAUACAGUAAUGCCUUUUGGGAUGUGUAAUGCACCAGCCACCUUUCAACGAGCAAUCAAUUAUACCAUUCAGGGUCUUGAAGGUGUUAAAUCUUAUUUAGAUGAUUUACUUGUUAUCUCCAACUCAUGGGAUGUUCAUAUCCGUAGGCUACGCUCUCUGUUCUCCCGCUUAGACGAAGCUGGAUUCACCAUCAACUUGGCCAAAUCUACUUUCUGCAGUGCCUCCGUGACCUACUUGGGACAUAUCGUGGGUCACGGACGAACGUUGCCCAAACAAGCAAACGUAGAAGCAAUCCAGGCAUACCCCACUCCAACAACUCGGAAAUCUCUCAUGAGGUUUUUGGGCAUGGUGGGAUUCUACAGACGCUUCUGCAGUAACUUCUCGUCUAUAGCUACGCCUCUAACGGAUAUGACCAGCUCUAAGUGUGCUUUCCAGUGGACUUCCGAGUGCGCUGAAGCUUUUGAUAAACUGAAGCUCUUCAUUUCUUCGGAACCGGUGCUGAGAACUCCCGAUUACUCUCGUCCUUUCAGUCUGCAGAUUGACGCUAGUGGCCAUGGUGUUGGAGCGGUGCUACUACAAGAGGAUGAAGAUACUCGGGUGAUGCAUCCAGUUUCAUACUUCUCGGCAAAGCUGAAAAAACAUCAAACACAAUACUCUACUAUAGAACGUGAGGCUUUAAGUUUGGUAUUAGCCCUGAAAAAGUUCGACUGCUACCUCCAUAGCCAUCAGCCUGUGGUGGUGUAUACAGACCACAACCCUCUAGUGUUCAUACAUCGGAUGCAGAAUCAAAAUCAACGCAUUCUUCGAUGGUCUCUUCUACUUCAACAGUACAACCUCGUCGUCAAAUAUAUCAAUGGAGUAGAUAACGUCAUCGCUGACAGUCUGUCAAGAGAAUUUCCAACGUCAGAAGAUUCCGCCGACGACCUCCUCGUUCGUCAGAGCUACCGAGGAUUUAAAGGGGGAGAAAUCUUAGUCUUUAGAUACAUUGACCCCAAAGACUAUAAUAUUCCAUCAUUCGAAUCUAUUCCUCGACUGAUUCCAUUUUUUCGCGCUUGUUUACGAGAACUCUUCAUGCUCUUAUACUCACUGACGUACCAGGACAUACACAAAGCGUCUCUUGCCUGGUCUCUCUUGGCUGAAGAACGUGUUACCAGCGUAUGCCGUGUGGAGCUGACGAGCACAUCUGAGUCCGGGAUCCUGCCUCCUGCCCCUAGUCGCUGCUCAGCUGGAGGGUCCAGUCGUUGCCGGCCUCCCAAAGCUUAG